GGCCCCGGGAGUGAUGGAGCAGCAGCAGCAGCAACUAAGAAACUUGCGAGAUUUCUUGUUGGUCUAUAAUCGGAUGACAGAACUGUGCUUCCAGCGCUGUGUGCCCAGCCUGCACCACCGAGCUCUGGACUCUGAGGAGGAGGCCUGUCUACACAGCUGUGCUGGGAAGCUCAUCCAUUCUAACCACCGCCUCAUGGCUGCUUACGUGCACCUCAUGCCCGCCCUUGUCCAGCGCCGCAUCGCAGACUAUGAAGCUGCCUCGGCCGUGCCUAGUGUACCUGCAGAGCAGCCCAAAGACUCGCCAUCAGGCAGCUAGCCAUCGCCUGCCCCAGGAGAGAAGGUGAUUUUGCCAUGGGUUCCAUUGGCCUUAAAUUUAUGAUCCUCCUGUCUUAGCCUCCCAGGUACUGGGAUUGCAGACAUGGGCUACAACUGGUUGCUAGCUAAUUCUUUAGGAAGAUAAAAAUUGCUGACGAGGAGCUUCCCUAUAGAGUGACCUCAUGUCUGCUGACAAAAUUCACUCUUUGAUGAGUAUAAAUGUAAGGAAAGCAGCAUGUGUACUUCUUCAUUCCCAGAGACAGGAAGGUGGAGACCCUGGAUAUUGUGUUGCUGAUGGGAGAGUUCUUCUGCAUCAGUGUAUGUAUCCUUUCAAUAAACACGUACUGUGAA